AUGGCCGAUUCCGGUAUCGAGCGGUCCGACGACCAGGCCGCGCUGGCCCGACUCGGGAAAAAACAGGUGCUCAAGCGGCGAUUCGGCUUCCUAUCGAUCGUCGGCUUCGCCAUGGCCGAGCUGAUCACCUGGGAGACGGUCCUCACGCUGUUCAACCAGGCCUAUGAGAACGGCGGUCCCGCUGGCGCGUUCUAUGGCUAUAUCAUUGCCUGUUUAUCGACCCUGUCGACCUACACGGUCAUCGCCGAGCUGUCCUCAAUGGCGCCAAUUGCUGGAGGACAGUAUUAUUGGGUCUAUAUGCUCGCCCCGGUCCGCUGGAAGAAGGUCUCGAGCUAUCUCAUUGGAUGGCUAACCUGUCUGGCAUGGAUUGCGACCAUUGCAACCGAGACCAUCUUUCUGGGCACCAUGAUUGAGGGUCUCAUUACCCUGAAUGAUCUGAACUUUUCCAACCUGCGUUGGCAAAACACCUUGCUGGCGUGGGCCAGUAUCGCCUGCACGUUCUUCAUCAAUGUGGUGAUCCCGAAUAUGCUGCCUCGCUUUGAGAUUGCCAUGCUGGUGCUGCACCUGGCAGGCUUCAUCGGUAUCAUGGCGACCCUCCUCGCACUAUCACCCAAGAAAUCAGCAGAUUUCGUCUUCCACACCAGUCUCAACGAGGGCGGCUGGCCAACCCAGGGCCUCUCCUACUGUGUGGGCUUCAUCGGCAACAUCGCCACCUUCGUCGGCGCCGACGCAAGCGUCCACAUGGCCGAAGAAGUCGCCAACGCAGCAGUGGUGAUCCCAAAAGCCAUCAUCACAGGAAUGUCACUAAACAGCGCCCUCGGCUUCGCCAUGAUGCUGACGGUCCUCUUUUGCAUCGGCGACGUGAAAUCCGUGUUGGACUCCAAUACGGGAUUCCCCUUCAUCCAAAUAUUUUACAACAGCACGCAGUCGUACUCAGGCGCCUCCGUGAUGACAGCCGUCAUCAUGGUGCUGACACUGGCAUGCUCAACCGGCAUCACUGCCACGGCCUCUCGUAUGAUCUGGUCCUUCGCCCGUGACGAAGGGCUCCCCAUCUCCCGCUUCCUGAAAUCAGUGAACCACCGCUCCAAAGUACCCAUCGUAUCAGUCUCCGUAGUCUGCGGAUUUGCUGCAGCCCUGACGCUCAUCUACAUCGGCUCCACAACAGCCUUUAACGACGUCAUCUCUCUGACAGUCACCGGCUUCUACAGCACCUAUAUCCUGCCCAGCGCAUUCCUUCUCUACCACCGCAUCAAAGGCCACGUCCUGCCCCACGGCACCAUGCUCGACGGCCUCCCCGAUGCCCCCGCCAGCGUCAGCGCCAGUACCAAGGAAAAGCCCGUUGCCCCUGUGUGCCCCAAGUCUCCCGAUGCAAGCCCCGACCCAUCUUCUAGCCCCGAACGCGACCAGACCGAGAAAUCCACCAAGCAGCUCGAGUACGAAAUCUCCCAGGCUCCACUUAUCUGGGGCCCCUGGAAGGUGCCUGGGAUCCUGGGCACCAUUAACAACCUCUAUGCGUGCGCUUACAUGCUGUUUGUCAUCUUCUGGAGUGUCUGGCCGCCUAGCACGCCGGUUGACUACACGACGAUGAACUACAGUAUUGUUGUCACGGCGGGUGUGCUCAUUCUCAGUGGGAUUUGGUACUUUGUGCGUGCGCGCAAGGAUUACUCAGGCCCGCUGAUUGAUGAGGAGGUUGCUGAGAUUAUGCAUUUGACCCCGGCGACUGUUAGUGCAUCGCACAAGGCUGAAGCGUAG